AGGAUUAUCAUGGUCUGAUCGUUUACUUGAUACAACUGAAGCAGCACUAGAUGUCACAGAAAAGGCAGUGGGAUUCAUAUUAUCUGACGAUAAUAAUCCGAAUACCACUCCAUCAUCAAAUACUGAGGGAUCAAAGGGAGCAAUAGAAGGGGCCAACACAGUGCCAAUAGCAGCAGAAGGGAAAUCCCAUGAGGUGACGGUAGAGGGAGAAGGGCAUUCGUUAUCAGAGCCAGCAGCAGCAUCAGCCCUUAGUGUGGAGGAGUUCACGUCCAGUGAUGAAGACAUUCGAUCAAGGUUUCUAAGUGCAUCAUCGAGUGUAUCAUCAUCAUCAUCACGGACAUCAUCAUCAUCAUUAUCAUUAUCGCCAAACCCGCUCGCCUCUUUACAGCCAUGUGUCAUACCUUCAUUAUCGGGUCCACCACCAGCCCUCUUACCCGGCCAACGA